AGGCGGAGAGAGCAAAGAGAGAGAGAUCGCCGCUCCCUAUCUUUGGGUCCUGCACCUUCCCAAGUCCUGGUCUUACUCCUCAUCAUGCUCCAUGACCAAGCAUAUGCAUAGUUAUUCACAACCCUGACAUGAAAAAAUCAAUCAAUCCUAAUUUCGACCUCAAUGGCAGUGAGCAGGUCAUGACAUCAAGCAAUGCGGGAUGCGAAAGCGUAAAUCGAGCUGCCACCGUUACAUCCUCCUCCACUUGCCGGUAAUUCCCCCGACCGUUGCGAUGAUCGUCAAUCAUCUACCUGCCCGGAUUGAUCCUCCGCUUCGCUGCAUGUUCGGCUUUUAUUAUCCAGAUACUAUUCUCAUUCACCACAAGUACCGAACAAAGCGAUCACAUCAGCGACAGCAGCAGACACACCUCAAUGAAUCCCCCAAGGCCCGUUGCGAACCAUCAACACACACAUUGCUCCACUCAAUAAGGCCGUCGUACAUCUUCUUGACGCAGCAACAUUCAUCAUCCUUCAUCUCCCAGACAUUUGGGGCUUGUAUACGUCUCCCGCUCCCCUCUCGCAAAACCCACCUCAUCGAACAAGACAAUCACUUCAUGGACCGCUGCGAAAACUGCGGCGGCGAGGGCCAUCCCACCAAGGAAUGCCCCGUCCCGCGCUGCUACACCUGCCUGAAGCUGGGCCACCUCGCGCGCGCCUGUCCCGACCAGAUCUGUCGCAACUGCCAUCAACGGGGCCACGAGGCGCGAGAUUGUACGGAGACAAAACAAUAAGACACGCACCCAGUGAGCAUGUUCCUCAUCUGUUGGAUUACGAUGACGUGUUGAUCGGAAUGGUAGAUAGAUCACGGCUUUUGGAGUCUUCAGGUUGCAAUCAGGCUUAAAUACACUCUGAUGGGUUUGUCUCGCGAAUCUGGGGAUAAUGGAUAGACUGGAGUCGGGCGCAUAUGGUUCGGUAUCGCAGAAUCUCAGUUUGACCUUCAGAAUCUGCGCGCUUUCCUCGUCGUGGGACUUGCAAGUUUGACUGUAGGUUCAAGUAUUGAUAAUUCUUGGAUGUAUUGCCGUUGGAUGAACGAAGAAAUGAUUCUCAAUGAAUGGAGCUGCUCCCUUGGCAAAUGAGAAUAAUGUACCUAAUUGAGUAACACAGUCAAUGGAACAACCAAAUUCUCAGAC